CAUGGUUUUCUCGGACAUGGGUCCUCCAAGAGCUCUGCCUGGCAAAAAAAGCUCUCAUUGCAUGUGGACCCGAUGUGAAAGCUUGGGGGUUAUUGAAUCGGCUAUUUAUGCGAUUUAUAAUACGCAAAGGAUUAAAGUGUGCGUAUCACCCGGUUUAUGGUGUCGAUGGUUGGCAUCAUCUUAUAAAUUUAUGGUUCCUCGCGAGAGAAAAAAGCGUGGAAGAUGUUUUUAGAUACAGCAGAAUCUGCCACGCCAGUGAUCCAAAAGACAGGAUCUACGGAGUGCUCGGCAUAUUCGAACGGCAGAUGAUCCCAAUCGACUACAACACAGAAGCAACGGAUAUUUACCGACAGUUUACAGAAUCAGCUAUCCAGAAAUACAGCACAAUUGAGAUUUUUCACUGGUUUGGGCCGCGCAAAGGCCCGGGUGGGCUUUGUUCCUGGGUUCCUGAUUACGGCCUCUCGGGGGUAGCGGGGACACUCCCUUGGCCUUUGAGAGAUGGUCGUAGAAAGUGUCGAAGGAAGCCUCAAUUUCGAUUCCGUGAAGAGGACCUCAUAAUCAAGGGAAGACAUCUAGGACUGGUGAAGGAAAUUAGUUGCGAACUGGUUCCAGAUGGGCAACAUAUUCCAGGAAGUGAAGGAUUCACCAGAGUGCUCUAUGAAUGGGAGUCACUCGCAGCAAAAGUCAAAUACAAUACCUGCUGGAAGACGACAGGGUGUGCUUUUGAGUAAACACUCAUCGCGCGCAAGGAUGUAACGGAUAGGACUCUAGCCGCCUCAGUAUUCGCUAGUUGGUACGAUGUAUACGGUACAGGGGUUGUGGGUCAAGCUGACCCUGACAAUUUCAAUGCUACACGUCUUGCUUCCAUGUCGAAU